CAGAAAACAAACGGUAUAUCUGAGUAUAUACACUCGUGCGAUGUUUCUGAACGCAACUUUCAUAUUCUUUAAUUCUUUAAACCAUGGCGAAACCGGGCUGUACAGUGACGUCACGCCAUAGUUGUGUUGUGCGGUUAUGCGUUUGUGAACUUCCGCCAUUGAGAGCAGCCGCGUUACGUCGAGAGCGCUUUAUUGCACAGUGGUUGACCGUAAAUAUGUGACAGAGGAUCGGUGGCGCACGGCCCAAAUUUCGCGUGUUUCUCGCGUAGCGAACGAUCCUCUCGUCGCCGGCGUGGUGUCGUGCGCGCGCGCGGACAGACGGACGGACGGACGGACGUAUCCUGUCCGAAAGAGUGUACGCUCGUCGUUAGGCCCCACACCGGGAGUGAACUCGCAAUCGCGUCAACGCACUCUGCUUGCGCGUAUGUCGUGUCGAAAUGGCCGGUAAGUAGUGCUCCAGCUACCGUGCUCCGUUCUUAAUAAACUGGUGCAUACGUGUCCGUACCGCCAACAACGCGUGCGACGUUGCUACGACGCGUUGCUGCUUCUGCUUCCGCUUUUGCUGGGCAGCUCGCUUCCUCGCCUCCUUGCCUCCUCGCUUCGCCGCGGCGAGGUAAAUCUUGACCCAGAUUAGGGACGCGAGUAUCACCGAAUCGCAUCCUCUUCUCGCUCCUCGCGUAAUUGUGCGUCCUUCGCAUCCGCACUCCAGAUUCUCCUCGUGCGCGUGGGGAGGCCGAUACCUAUGUGCCCGUCGCCGGCGGCGGCAACGACGACGGCGGCGGUGGUGGCGGUGUUGGUGACGGUGGUGGUGGUAGCGACGGCGGCAGCGGCGGCCUAAAAACACGAUGGAUUACGCCGAAACUUCAAGCAAUGGUGACAUACAGUGGUGUUUCUCACAAGUAAAAGGGACCUUAGAAGAUGACGUUACGGAAGCUGAUAUAAUCUCAUGCGUUGAAUUUAAUCACGAUGGUGAUCUCCUUGCAACAGGAGAUAAGGGUGGACGCGUUGUUAUUUUUCAGAGAGACCCCAUUAGUAAAAACAGUAUACCACGAAGAGGCGAAUACAAUGUGUACAGCACUUUUCAGAGCCAUGAGCCUGAGUUUGAUUAUCUAAAAUCACUAGAGAUAGAAGAAAAAAUUAAUAAAAUUAGAUGGCUAAAAAGGAAAAAUCCUGCCCACUUUUUACUCUCCACAAACGAUAAAACAAUCAAGUUGUGGAAAGUUAGUGAAAGAGAUAAAAGAGUGGAGGGGUAUAAUACAAAAGAAGAGAAUGGUACGAUACGUGAUCCUGCCUGCAUUACUGCUUUGAGGGUGCCAACCAUAAAACCAAUGGAGUUAAUGGUAGAGGCAUCACCAAGGAGAAUAUUUGCCAAUGCGCACACCUAUCACAUAAACAGUAUAAGUGUUAACAGUGAUCAAGAGACAUACCUCAGUGCUGAUGAUCUUAGAAUUAAUCUUUGGCACCUUGAGAUAACUGACCAGAGUUUUAAUAUAGUAGACAUUAAGCCAACUAAUAUGGAAGAGUUAACGGAAGUUAUAACUGCGGCAGAGUUUCAUCCUGCAGAAUGCAACGUUUUGGUGUACAGUAGUAGCAAAGGAACUAUUAGACUUUGCGAUAUGAGAUCUGCUGCUCUCUGCGAUCAGCACAGUAAGCUUUUUGAGGAGCCUGAAGAUCCAACUAAUAGGAGUUUUUUCUCAGAAAUUAUUUCAAGCAUAAGCGAUGUAAAGCUCAGUAAUUCCGGAAGAUACAUGAUCAGUAGAGACUACCUCAGUGUGAAAGUGUGGGACUUGCAAAUGGAGACAAAACCAAUUGAAUGUUAUCCCGUGCAUGAAUAUUUGAGAUCAAAAUUAUGUUCAUUGUAUGAAAAUGACUGUAUCUUUGACAAAUUUGAAUGUUGUUGGAGUGGUAAUGACUCUGCUAUUAUGACGGGCUCUUACAACAAUUUCUUCAGAGUAUUUGAUCGUACAACUAAACGCGAUCUUACUUUAGAAGCAGCACGCGACAUUGCCAAACCAAAAACACUUCUGAAGCCAAGAAAGGUAUGCACCGGUGGAAAACGCAAGAAGGAUGAGAUUAGCGUCGAUUGUCUAGAUUUUAAUAAGAAAAUACUUCACACUGCAUGGCACCCAUCUGAAAAUGUGGUGGCUGUUGCUGCUACGAACAAUCUCUUCCUAUUCCAAGACAAGCUCUAGCAUAUCUGUAUGCAAAUUAUACAACGGUAUAUAUUGACGUGAGUUAAGCACGUUGAACUGAAAAUUCCCAGUGAAACCACGGGUGUCCGAAUAAUAGUGACGAUAGUCAACUACUAGUUUGUCAGUAGUUGACUGACCGAGGAGUGGUGUACGUAGCGCCGUCCACGCAGCUCAUAUUCAUACAUGCUAUAUAUACAUAGACAUACCAGAAUUGUGCACCUCAUACUUUGUCGUGUGCAUAUGUUUGAAAAAAAGAGAUGUGCAAACAUGAAACACAUAACUUUCCAAGAUAUCAAUGAAUUUGCUAACUCAAAUAUAUUCGCAAACUUGUAGAAAGAGACGUACGCAUUCGGCAGAAUAUGUGAUUCAAUUCGCAGACUCGUGUUGGCAGUUACGACUUAUAAAUAUGGUUAGUAAUCAUUUGCUUGUAUUAUAAAAAUUGUGCCAUUGCGCAGUGUAGUCUAUAUGUGACUUCGCUACAGACUAUCAGAGUGUUUGAUUAAAUGCGUUGAUGAAACAGGCGGCAGAGUAGAGCUGGGAUUACGAUACGGAUCAUGAGCCGUUCGUCUUGCGAUUUAUGUACAAUUCAUAUAAAUACGUGCUACAAACUUUAAGUUUUUCUUAAUUAAUAUGCCUAAUUAGCAUGAAAAAGAAAAAACCAAAAUGCGAAAGGGAUCAAUCGUGCCAAUGAGAUCAAUAUGUAAUUAUUAUAAUAACGUAAUUUUACUUAUUGUGGCAUUUAAAUUAUGAACUAAAGGAAAUACGCGAUAAUUGUCAGAGCAAAUUUUCUUCCUACAAAUCACUUUAAAAUUAAUGAUCGAUCAGAGUAUUGCUGACCUCGACAGAAGAAUACAGAGUAAGUAAAUGAAAUUUACGAAUAAAUAAUGACAAUUGACCACUAUGAAGAGUUAGAUAUUUGGAAAUAACCUGUGUGUCUACAUUAUUUGUCUACUAUUUACAAAUUUGGUAACUUUGUUAAGCGCGCGUGCGCAUAGGCCUAUUUUCUUAUUAGUUUAUUAUUGUCGCCAACUAAUUGUUUCUCUCAGUCGCCAAUACGAGUCAAAAUGAUGAUAGAAAAUACAAUAAGUUGGUAUCUUUCUGUAUAUUAUAUUAUAUAUAUAUAUAUAUAUAUAUAUAUAUAUAUAUAUAUAUAUAUCUGAAAAAAACCAAAUGUUGCUGCACUAAAUACAAGCAAUAAGUGGCGCCGAUUUAAAACAGUGUAUAAUAAAAUAUCAAUUAUCAUUUUUUUUAAAUACCGUAUGCCCUGAUCGAGAGAUAUGCGGAAAUCGCAUAGAUAUGAAAUACAGAUUUUCUAAUCUUUCUUAACAUAUUGAUACACUCUUAUACUUCUACAGAUAUAAGCGGCAAUUUCGUACAUGGCUAAAAUAAACCUAAAAGUGCAUUUGUGACGAUGGUAAGCUGGGCUUGCAGAGUUUAUAUAAAUAAAAUAUUUGCUGAAUAAUGUACACCAACAUAAUGUAACUUUGAUAAAUAUCCAAAUCAUAAAACAAUAUUCGUGUUGAAACUCA